GUCUCACUGUCAAUUCGAGAGCUGCGAAGUGUACGCUCGCGUCUAUUACGUAGUGUGUUUGUAGUGAAGUGUGUUUUGUGAAGAAUUUUCGAAUGUCGUGAAGUGAAAUAUAGAGUUGUUUAUCCUCAAAAAGUGCAUAUUGUGUGAUUGGCGUUAUGUUUAUUGUUUAAUUCCAUAGUGUUAAAAUCAAAAUGUGUAUAGCACCGUGGUGUGCAAAAUUGAUUUUUGCCACGUAGUGACGCGAACGGGUAAUGAUUCCUAAUGUGGAGUUCGAAGCAAGAUGGUUAGAGAGACUCGGCACCUGUGGGUUGGAAAUUUACCCGAUAACAUACGUGAAGAACGAAUAAGAGAGCACUUUAAACGCUAUGGCCGAGUCCAAAAUGUCAAGUUAUUGGGUAGAAUGGAAAACGCGAACGCAGGUGCAAACGGAACGACAAUUUCCGGUUUUUGCGCCACGGUCGCCUUUAUGGACAUCAAGUCUGCUUCGAAGGCGCACAACGCGGAGCACGUAUUGGACGAGAGGACUCUCACCACGGAGUAUUACGAGCCCGCAGCGAUACCAUCGGCCGCGGGAGCUACCUCGGCGGGCUCUUCUCCCGCCGGCUCCGGCUACUCAGGCUCCUCGUCCUCCGUGAACUCUGCGCCUGCACCCGCUGCUAUCGCACGCUUCCACUUAUCGGGAGAAGAGAGCGCCGGUAAUGCAUGUGCCAUGGCCGCGUCGGCGGCGGCUCCGGCCACGUGGCGCGGCACCAACGACAGCGCUUCCGAGUUCUGUCGCCGGGGCACCACACCUACCACCUAUGGCCGCUACCAGCGGAGUAACAACACCGCGCCCUCAUACGCUACACCACCCUCCAACGUAGAAAGAACUACUCCACAUCAUCGUUGGUACGCGAGUGGGGAUCGGGCUACGAGCGGUGGCGCAGCGGGCGCGGGUGGUGCAGUCGGAGGCGCGGGCGGCGGGGAAAGCACACCGAGUACGCCGGGCGGCGCCACGGAAGGCGGCCGGCGGCGGCGGCGUUCCGGUUCGGGCUCGUCGCGCUCCGACACCAGUUCGCCGGAGCCCAGCGACACGUCGCGCGCCUCCACGCCCGCCGCGCCGCCGCUCGACCGCCACCCGGCCGCGAGGCGCACACCGCCCACCCAUCUGCAUCAGUGGGCGUCGACAGCGAACGGGCGUCCGCUUGCGAUCUGCGUGCGCAACCUGCCGACGCGCUCCACCGACAGCUCGCUCAAAGACGGCCUCUACCACGAGUACAAGAAGCAUGGCAAGGUGGUCUGGGUGAAGGUGGUCGGUCAAAAUGCAGACCGGUACGCAGUGGUGCGAUUCAAGAAGCCGUCCGACGUGGACAAGGCGCUCGAGGUGUCGCAGGACAAAUUAUUUUUCGGCUGCAAAAUAUCCGUUGCGCCGCACCAGGACUGCGACGAGGACGCCGAAUCUGCCAAACCUUACGAGACUGAUAUUGAUGAAUACCAUCCCAAGGCCACCAGAACUUUGUUCAUUGGUAACUUGGAAAAAGAUGUAACACAACAACAGUUAAGAGAUAAAUUCAAACACUACGGGCGGAUCAUUGAAAUCGACAUUAAGAAAGGAAGCGGAGGGGGCGCGGGCUAUGCUUUCUGCCAGUACCAGUCGAUAUCCAGCGUGGUGGAGGCGAUACGCGCCAUGGACGGCGAGUACGUCGGUGGGUCGCGCGUCAAGCUCGGCUUCGGCAAGCCCGUCGCCACCACUUGUGUCUGGGUCGACGGACUCACGGAGCACACCGAAAAACAGGUGCUGAGCGCGGUGUCGCGGUGCGGCGCGGCGACGUCGGUGUGCGUGGACCGCGCGGCGGGCGCGGCGCUGGUGCACUUCGAGCAGGCGGCGGCGGCGGGCGCGGCGGUGCGCGAGCUGCGCCGCGUCGCCGCGCUCGCCUCCGCCGCCGAGCCCGACCACCCGCGUCUCGCGGUCGACUACGCCUCGCGCGAGUGCCAGGAGGCUUUCUAUGAACAACUGGAGAAACACGGGGGUUCGGCGACCAUGCCUGGGUCUGAAAGAUUGGCGGGUGAUCUCAGUACGCGCUACUUGCCCUCUACUAGGCAUGAACAACUCAGGUACGAUGGGGCCAGAACGCGAACUCCAAGUUUUAGUCGCGCGUCUUCACGGACUCCUCGCUAUCCAACACAUGAACAUUACGAUCCCGCCGAGUAUGCGGCCGAUAGGCGGUACAGGGUAUAUGAAGAGUUAGGGUCGAGCCCACAGACUGAUGAGACGCCAUACGAAGAUCGCUUGCAGUCAGUUGUGAUUUCACCUCAUCGGACACACAGGCAUAGGCGAGAUUCGAGCCCCGAGGACAGAAAACAUUCAAAAGAGCGGCAUAGGAGUGCCGGUGGAAGCUCUCGGCGGUCGCGAUCAGGGUCUCGCGGCGGGUCGGCGCAUGGCUCUCGCAGACGUCAUCGUCGGAGAAGAGAUGGAUCAGAGUCGCGGGGCUCGCGCGCUGGUACCCCGCUUCGCGACGAGCAUGAUGGGCUGCCUGCCGAGCCGCGCCGCCCGCCUCGAGAACGGCCGCCGCUGCCCAUGAGCUUGCCGCUACCCAAAUUUGCCGCACAGCUUCUUCGUACGGUGCCCUCCGCCCCGCGCCCCCCUCAAGCCUCCGCCCCGGACUCACCGCCGCGACCGCCUUCCGCGUCCUCCUCCAGUACCGGUUCUGCACCCCACUCACCCUCACUGGAGGAACGUAUUCGCAGUCUUGACGAGAAGUACGAAAAGUGGAGCGGCUCACGAGCUCUUGCAGAUGCUCCCGAUCGCGCUCGGCUUCGUCAUAGACUGCUCGAAGUCGAUAUAAAUGAAGUUAAACCAUCGGAGGUUGUGCGAUCUUUGCUGGCUAAGCGAUCGGUGUUCGAUGAAGACUCUGAGCGGUUAGAAGGGGCAACGCGACCUCCGAGCCCGAGCGGGAGUCCUCAUGCGCGCCCGUCUCCGUGUGCUUCUCGUGCCCUUCGAUAUCCUUUUCCGACCCAUCCUCCACACUUGCCACUUGUAUCACCGGUGACAUCAUCUGGGUCGACAUCGUGUUCCGUCCCUUUAGCGGUAUCUACUAAUGUACCGCCUUUGCCACCGUAUCCACCGCCACUCGAAUGCGAAAUAGAGUCUUCAGACAGGCCGGCGGACCCCCGCCUCAAUAGACCAGAAAAACCCUUCAGAUUAGAAAGACUAGGCAAGUUUAAUGAGAGUGAUUAUAGAGCCGAUACACGAAUUCGCCUAAGAACCCCCUCUGUUGACAAACAACAGAACGAAUUAUCAGACCACAAGACCUCACCUGGAUCUGACAAAGAUAGAAUAGAGCUUGAUAAAGAAUGUAAACGUGAAAAUGAGAGCCGUAAGCGAGAUUUAUGUUUCAUUGGACGAGAACAGGAAAUAAAGCCGCUUAUUAAGGAUGUGUUUAAAGAAUGUUUUGAUAAGAUUGAUUCCGUUAUUCAAAAUAGAGAAAGUUUGCCAAACCAAGAGAUGGUCGAAAGUUUAAAAAAGAUUGAGGAAAAGUAUCCACUCAGUUCUAUUAAAACCGAAAAAAUAUCUAAUCAUAUUGAACUUUCUUCUGAAAAUGAUAGUAAGAUUAAUUGCAACCAUAUUGAAUCGGAUGGAAAACGAGAUAAUGAAGAUUUCAUUAUAUUAGAUCCAUUUUCUACUAAACAAAACUCCGAAGACAUCUUUUUUAAACAUGAACACCAUAAAAAGUUAGAAACAUCUAAAGAUAAUACAAAAGGAAAAUAUAAUUGUGAAGAUAAAUUAGACAAUUGUUCUCCGAUAUUAAACAAUUUUGAUAUGAAUGAUAUUGUAUCAAAAGAACCUCAAUUAUCGAAUCACAUUAAUGUAGAAACAAAUAGAAAAAAUGACACACAAUUGGACAUUAAAAAUAAUGAAAAAGACAGAGAAAAAACGAUUUUAAAUUUGUUUGAUGUUUUCAGUAAUCAAAAAUUAGAAAAAGAGAAUGAAGAAUUGGAUCAUUCUGAACCUAGAUUACAGAUUAUAGAACCUAUUAUAUCAAAUACGUUGGAUAAAAAGUUUGGCGAGUCCAAAUCCUUUGAAGAUACUAUCCGGAGCGAUCACGAAAAGUCAAAAAAUUGCAAAGAUCGCGCAGAAAAAGACAAGCAUGAUUUGGAAAAAGAAAAGAUAAAGAAAAGCAAUAAAGUGGAAAAGCAUGACAUGGAUAAAAAAAUAAAAGAAGAAUCAAGCAACCAUAAAACCCAUUCUGAAAGGCUGGAUAAAACAAAAGCGGAAAAAGAUGCGGGGGAAAAAUAUGACAAAGAUAGUGAAAGAACUAAGCAUACUGAGGAUAAAUUACGUCACGAAAACCAUAAAAAAGACAAGGCAGAUAGGGAUAAAAAAAAGGAAACCGUCGAAAUUGAGGUCAAUAAAUCAAAAAGAGAAGACAAAUAUAAGUCAGAACGAGUGAAAAAAGACAAUUUCGACACCAAACGGGAUCAUGCUAAAAAGGAACAUGAUUCAAAAGGUAGCAAAUCUAGAGAUGAUAGUUCCAGGGACCUAUGUCGAAAAGAUUCUACUGAUUCGUCUACAUCAAGGGCGUCUCAUGAUUCCUCGAAAACAAAAGAUUUAGAUAACAGUGAGGUGAAAGAAGAGUCUAAGGUGAAAACUAAAUUAUGUACCGAUCAAUUAACAAAAUCCAAUUUAGAAAAAGAUUGUUUGCAGAAAUCCAAUGAUUCUAAAAUUGAUAGUAAGCAUAAAGUGGUGAAGUACGAUAUAAAAGAGAAUAAACUUGGUUCUGAUGGCCAUUUUAAGAACAAAAUUGAAAAUAUUUCUGAUCAUAGUACUAAAAACAAGACUGAUCCAAGUGAAAAACAAAGACACUACUCUCUAGACUCCCCCGGUGUCGACUGUAAACGCAAAGAGCGUCUAAAUUCUUGUUCAAGUUUACCCCCAAAUAUAGGUAAUAAAAGACGAUUAUCUUCGCAGGACACCUUUGAUUGUCUUGAAGAAGUUAAAAAGUGUAAAAGUGACACAAAGUGUCUUGAAAAGAGAGACUCUAAAGAUCGCAGUGCUGAUAGACAUAAAACAACAAAAUUCAAUAAAGGACAUUUUGCCAAACUAAUAGAAAGCAAAACCAAAGAUGAUAAGAAAAAUCUAGUUAAGCCACCUGAUGAAGGUUUUGUGGAUAUUAAAGAUAACGAAAUUAAGGAAACAUCAUUAUCAGACAAAAUCAAACAUUUAAAGAAAAGUCCUAAACCUGUUGACUAUGACAAAUCAAACGAUAAUUCCGUUAUUCAUACGGACGCUUUGCGAAACGAUUUAGAUUUUUUAGCUACUUUAGAAUUACGAUCAAGUGAAGAAGAUGAAAAACAAAAAGCUCUAAGAAAAGAAAUGAAAGAAAAGAAACGUAUACAACAACUACAGCAAAUACAGGAACUGCAAAUGCAACAGGAUGCGAUGCAGCAAGCUGAAUUAAUAAACAAAAUUAAAGAAGGAAAAAAUCAUAAAAGUGAUGAUAAGAAAAAAGAAUCAAUGAGAGAUAAACGCAUGUCAACUGAACGCAAAAGUAAAGACGAGAAAAAUGAACACAAGCGGAAGCAUCGCAAACCAAUCCACAGUACAGAUAGUUCUGAUUCUGAUGAACCUAAAAAGCAUUCUAUCUUUGACAUAAUUGAUGAUGGACCUACCUACAUAUCAAUGUACGAUAAAGUUAAAGCCCGUUCUUGUAAAAACAUGCAAAAACAAGAAGAAGAAAAACGCCAAGAGAAGAUUAAAGCUAAAUUUAGUCAAUUAAAGCAAAGUAGAGCGAAACGGGAAGAAAAGAAAAGAUCAAGCUGGGAUGAAGACAGUGAUUCUGAACAUGACAGAAGAAAGUCUUUUAAAAAUUCUAUGGAUAGUUCUUCAGAAGAUGAACAAAUAGUGCUUCAUAACAAGAAACGCGAUAAGUCUCAAACUUGCUUAGAUUACAACCGUGUUAAGGCUGUUGAUUAUUUCAAUGGUCCAACCACUGAAGACGAAUGUCGCAACAAGCUUUCUCGAAAAAAUUCUCGAUCUCGCAUCAUGUCUGAUACUUCGGAUGAUGACAGUUCAAGAAGAAAUUUUACUAGAAGUCCUCAGUAUGCUUCCAAAAUAAAGAAAGAAGUCCUCUCUGAUUCUGAGUCUCUUCACGGUACUAAGGAUACGAAUUACCCCCUUAAAGAACUGAACGAUGACAAGAUAAAGAAAACAUCCCUUAUCAACCUUUUUGGAAAAUCUGACUCAGAUGAUCACAAAGUAAAAUCCCAAGAGGUCGAUGACGUAGAUUAUAAGCUUCAUACUUUAAAAACAAUUCCUAACGAUCUUUCGUCUGAAUCUGAGUCAAUUAAUUCUAACCGAAAUAUGUCAGAGAAUCGAAAGAAGCAUAAGAAAAAACAAAAGAGGCAUAAAUCGUCAUUUUCGGAUGAAGAAGUGAAAAGUAAUAAUGAAUUAGAUGGCGAUGUUAGAUACAAAAACUCCGAAAAAGUAAGGCGCCAUACUGCUAAAAAGGAAAAACGUAGAGACAAGAUUCGCGAUAGCGUAGAUACCGAUGAAGCUCAAUUAAAGGAUGAAAAAUCAAAACACAAAAAGGAUAAAAAGUCACCAAAUCACUCGUUUGAACUUCAAGAAUUGUGUCCAACGGCUAAAAAGGAUGGAAAAAUGGAAGAUAUUUUUGGACCUUUAUCCGAUGAGUCAGACAAAGAAAGUCGUAGUCGCAAAUCUUCUGGUAACAAAUUAGAAUAUAUAUCACAAGAUUUAGAUGCUAUUACUGCUCAAUAUGCCAAAUCGAAUUCCUUAAUACAUUCAGAAGAACAUAAAGAAACGGAUAAAGACGAUAACAAACGCAGGAAAGACAAGAGGCGAAAAGAUAAAAAAAAUGUAACUAAAGAUGAUGACAAUAGUCUGGACGUAGAUGCUGUUAGUAAAGCAAUUGAAGCCAGGUUAUUCGCGGAUUCAUUAUGCCUAGAUGAUAGCCGAGCAAAAACGGUUUUAUAUGAAAAUCAAGCUUCACCUGAACAAAGUGAUCACAAGUUUGAUGAAAUUACUACAAAAACUGAUUAUUCAAAAUCACACGAGAGGCAUUAUGAGAAGUUCAAAAAAGAAUUUAAAGAAAGAGAAAAAAGAAAGAAGAGAAAGAAGAACAAAGAAGACCGACAAAACCGCCGUGAACAUCACCACUUUCAUCAUCAUGAUAAAACCAAGGCGGAAGAAAUUGUCUCUGUUGUACAACCUGAGGAGAUGCCUAAAACAUUGCUUAAAGAUAUACCUUUACCUUCCGAGAUACAGAAAGUUGAAACCUCAGAUAAUUCAGAAGAUUCCAAGCUGACUCUAGAAUCUCAGAGUAUGCCUCGAUUAACUGAUACACCUCCCAUGUUAGUACUAGAAGAUAGGAUCAAACACGAAUUUGACUCUAAUAAGAUUAUGAUUGUUGAAACAGAGAAUGAUGUACAGCAUAUAAAAACUAUCGAAAUAAAAGAAAUUCCGAUGCCACCGCCAUAUAAUAAUACAAUUGAAAAUAUUAGUGAAGUUCCAUUGCCUAAAGAUCCGCCCAAUAUUGAACACAAAAUAGAUAGUUACAUUCCUGUUAUUGAAAUUGACGAUAACGAAACCGCAGUGCGCAGUAUUUCAAAUUUAGAAAAAGAAACAGAAAAACCAGUUGAAAAAGUUGAUCCGCAUUCUUGCAAAGUUGAUAAGAAAUUAGAGGAAAAGCCCAGAGCUAUAAUUUCUCAAGAAGAAACGGAGGAUGCUGUCGCCGCAUUGCUGGGUGAAAGUUUCGGUGGUAAAGAAGAUUCUUUUAAUAUUUGUUACGAAAAAGUUGAAAAUAGUAGUGUCCGCGAAAUUGAAAUUGAGAAUACAGCUAUAGAAAAUGAUAAUAUUCCUGAAGAAGACGCAGAAGAAAUGAGACAAGCUGUGCAAAACCUGAACGCAAGUGAAAUGGAAAUAAAGCCCGACACGCCGGUCUCCGAUAAUGACCUGUUGUUGAUUGAUACAGACACAGAAGAGGCAGAAGAUACUAGCCAAGAUGCGAUUGAAAGAUUACCUGUGAAUAUAAUCGCCACCAAUCAAUCUCUGAAUAACAAUACCAAAGUGAGUACUUCUAAAUCGGAAGAAGUUUCUAAUUCCAUCGUAUCAAAACCAAAGACAACUGUUGUCUCUUGUAAUAAUAAUGAAACAGAUGACACUAAAAGUAAAGAAUCUAUUAUCACCUGUGCCUUACCUAAAAGAGACACAACUGUGGAUCAGCCUACUUCCACUGCAACGCCAGUGAUUACCUCGUGGACAUUAUCUAAUAAAUUAUUAGAACCACAGUUAUUAAACAUAUCUUCAAGUCCGGCACCGUGCAGAGAUACAAAUGACAAGAAACCAGCGAAUAUAGCUGCCAACAUUGUUCAAAUUAAGACGUCAACGACUCAAGUUAAUAAUUCAUCGAAACCAGUCCUCAAUGCAACACGAGUUAGUGCACCGUAUCAAGUUAUUAAUCACAUCCGUCCGCAGAUAGCGAAUAUGCAACCUCCUACAAUCAAGAUACCAGAGUCUCAUAUUCUUUAUCAAAAACAACAAGGCAUUGUAAUUUCACCUAAAACAACUUGUGAUCCUCGAUUGACAAGUCCAAAAGCUAGCCCUCAAGGAGAUAAUGUAACAUCUCCUAAAUUAUCUAAUAUGGCCAUUUUAAGCACAUCCCCUCAAAGUUUAAAUAAUGUUGGUAUAAAAUCGCCUAAUGCUCUACAUCAAAGACCUCCGAGUCAAGUUACUGUAGUGCGAAUGCAGCAACCGCCUUUAAGCCCAAUCCAAACAAUGCACAUCCCUGUUGGUGCAAGAACAAUGGUAUCACCUAGUCGGCCAAAUUCGGUCUUAGUUCAAACAGGAGCUCCUAUACAUUUGAAUCGUUUGCCAGUUGCUCCAGUGCUGACCCCUAUAUCAAAACAAGUGAGUGCAAGCAAUAUGUUUCACCAAACUAAAACCAAUAACGUGAAUAGUUCGUCUGUAACAAAUCAGCCUCCAAUUUUAGGACCAGAAUGUAAAAAAAAUGAUAGCAGAAAUGUUCCAGAAAACAUUGCUGAAAAUACAAAAAUAAUUCUAUCGCCAACGCGAAUACAACCAAAUGCUACAGUUUUGACACAGAAUCGUAUUAUUUCGAUGCAAAAUGCGAUGCACGCUGGAAGUAUAAACCCAACUUUGCAAAUGCCCAAUAAAAUAAUGAUCAAUAAAAGUCCAAAGACUGAUAAGCAAGAAUUUCAAUGUCAAAAAUCUGAGCAUAGUAACAUAACCUUUAACAACAAACCUAUAAUACAUGUGGCUAAUGUUAGUCACUCAGGAGCAUCUAUAAUUCAAAGUGGAUCAAAACCAGUGAUGUGCACAAUUCAGGAAGCAAACUCUAUCAAUAGAGGACAGGGGUCUAACGUUAUACAUACACUUAGUUCUCAAAGAAUGUUAACAUCUUUAAAUAAUGUGAUACAGUUGGAUUCAAAUAAAAUUCCAGCAUCUGUUCUAUCUGUUUCUGCUAUCAGACCAUCGACUGUUCUUACAAAAACAGACAGUAAAAACUGUACAGCUACUACAACAUCUAGUCUUACAAAUGUUGUUAUGACGCCCUUAAUAUUAACGACGACUACAGGUGCGAAAACGCCUAUAAGAAUCAAUCUGAAAAACGAUACGGAUCACGUGGAAAACACUUUUGGAAUAACAUUAAAAAAUAACGUUCCACAUGACAAAGAGAAUGUUGUUACUGAACAAAAGGAUUUCGUUUUUUCCAAUACGAGUGGGUUCGGCAAAGAACCUCUUAACAAGCCUGCAAUUGCUACAAUGGAAGUUGACAGUGGCAAUAAAUGUGAAACAGAUUUUGAGGAAUUGUUAAAAGAUAACACAAAUGAAAUCAAGGUUACAAACGAUCCCGAAAAGAAACUUGAAAUCAAUGUCGGAAAAACAGUUACAUUAAUCACACAUUGCAAGGAAACAAAAAACAGUGAAAACAACCCUGAGAGAGAGGAGACCACGAAUGUUCCGAUAUUAAACGAAUGUAAUGAAAAUAGUGUUGCAGUGAGUAAAAACAAAAACGAUAAACCAAUUAGUAGCCAAAACGAUAACACAGAUAUUUUGAACAUGGCUAAAGAUUCUUUUAACAAAAUAAGCGAAGACUCUGUUUGUAAUGAAAAUGUAGAAGGAAGCGAGGCAACUAGUAAUUUUACGGCAAAUAGCAUAAUAUCUGAACCUGAUAAAGUUACCCAAACAGAAACUAUCAAAUUGAAUAAAGAAAAUACUUUUAGUUACUCUAAUAUGUUAUCAACUGAAAAUGACAGUGAAAGCCAAACUAAAAGCCUAGACGAAAAUGAUUAUUGGUCAGCUAAAGACAUCAAUAUAGAAUCGGUGAUUAAAAAAGUUGAUUCCUUGUGUAACGACAACAUUGAAUUAAAUGAGAAAAGAAACGAUUUUAAAACAAAUACAACAGAAGUCAUUACUUCAGUUCUAACAUAUCCCGUUAUUUCUAACAAUUGUGACAAAGAGUCAACCAAAUCGCUGGAAACAGAGAAUGAUAACAUACUUAAUAAUCAAUUUGAUGAUGAUAUUGUUGAAAAACAAAUCACACCAACUAGUAAAAGAGGUGGUCGGAGUGUUAGAGGCAAGAGAGGUGAACGAAAGCAAGAUAGAGUACAGACACGGCAAAUUGCGAAACCCGCUCGAGGAACUGGAUCAGGUAAACGCGGACGAGGUCGAGCAAAAGUUGAUAAAAAAAUUAAAAGCUUAGUGAAUAGUACUGUGAAUAUGCCCGGAGACGUCUAUGACUUUCACGAAGAUUCUGGUGAUGAAACAGCUACAUCACCAAAUAAAAACGAAACAAGACCAAGGCUCAUUCUUACAAUCAAAAGUCCUCUAUCUGGCCAUUCUAACGUAAUCGCUUCAUCAACUCUCAGCAUUACAAGUAAAGAUCAAGAAGAGCAAAUUAAGAAUAGCGAUAAAACUAACAAAGAUGAAAAAACUGAAAACUUUGCAUCGCCCUCGCCUAACACUAGAAAAUCAAGAAGGUUGCAAGAAAAAGAUGUUCAGCGUGUCAAUGUAUUCGAUGUAAUAGACGACGCUAUUAAAGGCCUUUUGCAGACCAAAACUAAGGAAAGUCCUAAAAGGCGACAAACACGGCAAGCACUUCCUAAGGCCGAUAAGGCACAAAACGCGGAUACAAGAAAAUCUCCAAGAGGUGUUAAAAGAACCAGGGAUAGGAGCUUGUCAGAUGCAUCUAUAGACAGUUGUGAUGAGAAAUUGAAAAAAGAGGAAAUUAUUAGAGACACUAAAAUCCAAAAAUUGACAGAGACACCCGUUGUUACGAAGCCCGUAUCAGAGCCCGUCCAAGUAAUUAAAACUGCCCCGUCAUUGGUUAUUACUCAGACACCGAAUCCGGUACCGACAUCGACACCGAUGCCGACACCGACACCGACACCGAUACCGACACCGACACCUAUGCCGACACCCACACCCUUUAUGAAACCACCAAAGAAAAUGAUAUCUGAAAUUAAUGCCAAGUUGGCGAGCGCAUCAGCGUCUGCCACUACUAUCAUGGGCGCCACUUCUCCUACUGUAGCCGGCGUGCCGGGAGUGCCCGGAGUGGCCGGCGUGCCCGGUGUGGCUGGUGUGCCCGGAGUGUCCGGUGUUCCGGAGCGAGCCGCCCAGCAUCAGGCGGACAGGGCGCCAGUGGAGGCCGACAAGCAAGGAAUACCUCUGCGGGAACCCCGAAAUCCAGACUACGUAUCUGCCACAGGAGAGUCGAAUGAUACGAGCUUCGUGCGGCGCCUAGUAGACAAUGUGCCCGGAAAUAUGAUGCCCGUCGGCGCCACCGAGGCUACCGACGCCAGAGUGCAGUCGCCGGCGCUGCCGCACAGACCGCCCUCUGCGCACCGAUCCUCCGACCGCGCUACCCCCGUUCUUGUGAGGGGUGGCGAGAGCGAGGCGGAGGUGCGUUGCAUGGCAGGAGCGGGCGGGGGUGGGGGCGGGGUCGGGGGCGCGGGCGCGGGCUCAGUCGUGGGUCCAGGGAUGGGCGUGUGUGCGGUCCCGGCGGCGGGUGUCGUGGCGGGGGCUGGCGGGCCGCGGGUGCGUGCGUACGCCGUCGCCGCCAGCUUGCCGCGUGGCGCGCAACUACCGCCGCCGCCGCACCACGCCAAGCCGAUCGCCGCGCUCGGAGCUCAGCACCACCCGCACCACCAGCAUCACCAGCAACAACCACAUCACCAGCACCACCAGCACAUCCAGCACCAUCACACCGGACCAGCAUCUCGGGUCACCAUUACGAGCGUGCCGUCCAUCAGUCCACAGGGCCAAAUGUCUCGUGGCGACGGAAUGUACCCUCACUUUUCUCAUCAACACUAUCAGAUGUAUCAACAGCAUUUCCGCGCCACCCAACACGAAAGCCGAGCUUCACCUUUACCCUAUACGAGGUCGCUGGAGGCGGAGGGCUCGGAGGCGCCGACGCCGCCGCUGGAGCUGCGCCGGCCGCCGUCGGCCCGCGUACCGCGCCCCACGCACUCGCCUGCGCACUCGCCCGCGCCCGCCGACCGCCUGCUCAUGUGCUCGCCGGGAUGCCGACCGCCGGCCGCGCACAACUCGCACGGCGCACACCUGCCCGCCGCGCUGCCGCCGCCCGCCGCGCCCGGCCCGCCCCACGCCUCGCAAGUACCGCGUGAGGCCGACUCGCUGCAGAUGCUGCUUCGGCGCUAUCCAGUGCUGUGGCAGGGGCUGCUAGCGCUAAAGAACGAUGCGGCGGCGGUGCAGAUGCACUUCGUGGGCGGGAACCCCGUGGUGGCGGGCGACACGCUCACCGACGGCUGCACCUCGCUGCUGCGCAUCGCCCAGCGCAUGCGCCUCGAGCCCGCGCAGCUCGACCAGGUGCACCGCAAAAUGAAGCUUGAGAGCGAACACUGCAUCCUGCUGGCGCUACCUUGCGGCCGCGACCACAUGGACGUGCUGCAGCAGUCCAACAACCUCAGCAGCGGUUUCAUCACGUACCUGCAGCGCAAGCAGGCCGCCGGCAUCGUGAACGUGGCGCCGCCCGGACACCAGCAGGCUGUGUACACUGUACACAUAUUCCCAUCGUGCGACUUUGCUAAUGAAAAUCUGAAUCGCAUCGCACCGGACCUAAUGCACCGAGUGGCCGACAUCGCCCACCUGCUCAUCGUGAUUGCCACCGUAUGAGACGAGCGGCCCCGGUGCCCCCCGCAUACAUACUGCGACCUGCGUCAGCCUGACGCGCGACCCCACUCCACGACACGCGACACACGCGACACACGUGACACACGUGACACACGUGACGCGCACUCUCCGAGCACGAACUGUGACACCGAGAGACGACGCCGCUGUUAACUUUAGAAGAGUACUUUAAUUUAAGAGCGUUGUAAAUAUGGCCAGGUUGUGAAAGUUCGUUUAAUUUGUUAGGUUAGGCCAGCGACCUGGCGCGCGGCCGCUGUGGAAACGUUUGUCUCCUCGCCCCACCUCGCCCCACCUCGCCCCACCCCGCCCCGGCCACUAUAAUGACGUAACGUUAGGAUAUUUAUUGUUAUCGCGCAGUGUGACGCCGCACUCGCGCUCUUAAUACUAGAGUUAAGUUGUAGCUUUGUAAAAUACUUUUGUUAUGGUCGACUGGGUUCGACCCUAUUCGGAGUUUAAAAAUUUAAAGGUACAGUAAAAGUCAGUUAAUUAAAAAUAUAUUUAAUUUUGGGUUCCGAUUAGAUGAGAGGCGAUCUGUCGAGCAUUUUUAAUCGUUAGUGUAAAUUGUUAUUUUGUUUUAAGCGUCUAGUUCUAAAGUAAUUUAAAUUUUUGUAAAUAUUCAUAAUUAAAGGUCGAUUUAUAAUACUUAGAAUCGUUACGGUAGGUAAUGGUAACGAUAACUGGGUCGAAUGAUAACCGUUAAUUGUAAAAACGAUAGUUAAGCGGUACGAUUAAAUAAGUAAAAUACACGUGGAAAAUAAACUGUGAUUCUGACUUUUUAAAGUGUAGGCUUAUAGUUAGUUCUAUGGAGUUAAAUAAGGAGGUGCGCGGGUAGUGGGCAGCGGGCAGCGGGUAGCGGGCAGCGGGUUGUGGGCAGCGGGCAGCUGUACUCCGCCUCUACUGUUGCAAACAACUAAUUAUCCAUACACCCAAUCAUGUAGAAUCACCAAUACUACUGUAAAUUAUCGUGUUUUCUUGAAAACAUUUCAUUUCUGAAUUCCUAAUACUAUUUGUAGAACUACACUGUUCGUUCCAUUCCAAUUCAAGUGACGACGGUUAUGUUUUUGCGUAUGGCUUGUAUCUUUUAGGACCGUAUUGUGCAGAACAUUUUUCUCCGUAACUGUUGAUCCACUGCGUCAUCGUCCGUUGUUUCGUUUGCCAAACAUUUCCACAGUGAUAACAUUAUACCCGCUGAUUUUUCAGUUUUGUAAAUUUUAAUAAACGUAAAGAAAUGCAAAAACUAACAAUAUUGUACUUCUCAUAAAGUUUUGACUGUCUGCAUCCGAUGUCUACUAACUGGUAAUAAAAAUGUGCGCGAUUCCGAGCAAGUCCCGGUGCGAAGACUUGUUCGGGGCAGGCGGUGUGAGCUUUGAUACAAAUCGGCGAUCGCUGCUGUGAAGUGCGGAAGAAUCAAUUUUUUUUAAGAUAUGUAUUUUUAAUUAUAACAUCGAAGAUUCAUUUUAGUCCAGAUACGUAACAAGAUAACAUUAACAUAUUCGACCACCGGGAGCACGCUCACAUCGCCCGCCGUCACCUGCCGAGGCUCCUGAUGGCGUGUCACGGCCUCGCGUGGCAUGUCGCCACUAGGCGUGACUUGUCGCGACUAGGCGUGGCUUGUCGCGACUAGGC